AUGAUCAUACCAAUAGUAGUAGCAUUUGCAGCCGGUUUAGUUGGAUCGGUUUAUCAAGCACUGAAACCGCCACCUCCAAAAAUAUGUGGAUCACAAAAUGGUCCUCCACUGACUUUGGGUAGAGUCAAACUCAAUGAUGGAAGACAUUUGGCCCACAGAGAAUUCGGAGUUCCUAAGGAAAAGGCUCAACACAAGAUCAUUCUUUCUCAUGGCUAUAAUGACUCCCGACAUAUGCACUUAGCUGCUUCUCAAGAACUUAUGGAGAAGCACAACGCAUGCAUAAUAUUACAUGACCGAGCUGGUUACGGAGAGAGUGAUCCAUAUCCAUCACGCUCGACAAAGAUUGAAGCACUUGACAUCGAAGAAUUAACUGAUAAAUUGGAGCUUGGCAAAUUUUACAUGUUCAUUGGGAGCACUCCUAGGAGCUUUCCUGAUAGUUCCUUUCGUGAAUUAUUGGUGGCCUUCCAUUCCACCGACUUUAGCAAAACAGUCAUUUAG